AUGACUGCUGAGCUUUGGCAUCUCGGACGAGCAGCUGCAACAAUCCUUUGCAUGUUCAUUUUCCAUGUAGCAUCAUCUGAUUCCCGUGCUCAAGCCAGGAUAUCAGGGGAGAUGGGUCCCUCUUUGGCUGCAUUACAGAAGUUGAGGUAUCUUGAUUUGAGUAGGAAUGAUUUCUAUGGCGCAAGCAUUCCUUUGUUCAUGGGCUCUCUGGAGAACCUAAGGUACCUCAACCUCUCGUCGUCAAGUUUGAGUGGGAGAAUACCUUCCCAACUUGGUAAUCUCUCAAAUUUGAGAUAUCUUGAUGUUGGUGGGUCUGACAAUUAUCUUGAUGUAGUGGAUCUUGCAUGGUUGUCACGUCUAUCAUUGUUGAGUUAUCUUGACUUGAGCAAUGCGAACCUCAGUCCUGUGCAGGAUUGGUUCCACAUGGAGCUUCACCUCUCCCAUUGUGUCUGGCAUGGGCCUAUUCCUGAAGAACUUGGAAACAUGACGUCCCUUCAGGUCAUAGAUUUUGAUUACAAUGAUCUUGUGGGUUUAAUAUCAAGCAAUUUACGAAAUUUGUGCCACUUGGAAGAGCUAUAUUUGGAUUACAACAAUUUUAAUGUGAACAUUGGGGAGUUCUUGAAUCAGUUGCCAAGGUGCUCAUGGAGUACAAUACAAGUGUUGUCACUUGCUAACAUGAUAACUGGUACUGUACCACUUGAAGUUGGAGCACUUAGUAACUUGACAGAGUUGGAUCUGAGCUACAAUAAACUAAAUGGUGUGCUCAUGAAGGAGCAUUUUUCAAGCUUAUUUAAAUUAGAAUAUCUGGAAUUGGGAGGCAACUCCUUGAAAAUAGACAUCGAACAAAACUGGGUUCCUCCAUUUGGACUAAAGUCCAUAGACUUAGGGUCAUGCCUAGUGGGGCCCCGUUUUCCGGAGUGGAUUAGAUGGCAGGCUGAUGUUUAUUCUCUUUGUCUUCGAAAUGCAAAUUUGGAUGAUGUCAUUCCUGAGUGGUUUUGGGUGACAUUUUUCCGAACUAAAUUCUUGGAUGCAUCGGGAAACAAGUUGCAUGGUUCCUUACCGGCAAAUCUACAACACAUGUCAGUGAGAAUGUUAUAUCUUGGGUCCAAUAUGCUUAUAGGUCAAAUUCCAGGGCUCCCUGUAAAUAUAUCAUAUUUGAAUCUGUCCUCAAACUCUUUCUCAGGGUCAUUGCCAUCAAAGCUAAAAGCUCCACUGCUUGAGCAGUUGUUGCUGGCAAAUAAUCAAAUUACAGGCACCAUUCCAUCAUCUAUAUGUCAAUUGACUGAACUGCGACGGUUGGAACUAUCAGGAAACAAUUUAACAGGAGAUGUUAUGCAGUGCUGGAUGGAGUCAGAUAGCAAUUCCUCAGUAUCCAACACAAACUCUGCGGGUCAAUUUGGUUCUGUCAUGGUUAGUCUUGACUUGAGCAACAAUGAUCUCUCUGGUGAAUUCCCUAAAUUUCUUCAGAGUGCCAAAAAUUUGGUAUUCCUUGAUCUUUCAUUCAAUAGGUUCUUUGGAAUAUUGCCAAAGUGGUUACCAGAAAAAAUACCACUGUUGCAAAUCUUGAGGGUGAGAUCAAACAUGUUUAGCGGUCAUAUUCCUAAGAACCUUACUGACCUUGAAAGUCUUUAUCAUUUGGAUAUAGCCCGUAACAAUAUUUCUGGAAGCAUACCAUGGUCACUAUCAAGCUUGAAAGCAAUGAGAGUCAUAUCUCGGAAAAGGUUAGGCUAUGAUUUUGAGGAGAAUGAUUUAGAGGUGAGUGAUUUUGAGGAGAGCGUACCAGUCAUUACAAAAGGCCAAACACGUGACUAUACCUUUGGCAUAUACGGGCUAGUGGUGAAUCUUGAUUUUUCAUGUAAUAGUUUAACAGGACAGAUUCCAGAGGAGAUAAAAUUGCUGAUUGGGCUCACCAAUUUGAACUUAUCAAGUAAUCAGUUGAUUGGCAAAAUCCCAAUUCAGAUUGGUGCUCUAAAGCAGCUAGAGUCCCUCGACCUAUCCUAUAACAAGCUUUCUGGUGAAAUCCCAUCUGGUUUGUCAGCUCUAACCUCUCUAAGCUACUUGAACCUGUCAUACAACAACUUAUCAGGCAUGAUACCAUCCGGGCCCCAGCUACAAGCUCUUGACAACCAGAUUGAUAUCUACAUCGGCAACCCCGGUCUAUGUGGCUACCCUCUCUCCAAAAACUGCUCUGCUAGUACUACUGAUGCAGAGCCAAGUGUCGACCAUGAAGAUGUAGAUCAUAUUUCAUAUCUCUACCUUGGGAUGGGCAUAGGAUUUGUGGUCGGCCUUUGGGUGGUGUUUUGCACCAUGUUACUGAAAAGAAGCUGGACGAUUGCUUACUUCCAGAUCAUUGAUAAGCUGUAUGAUGAGGUUUAUGUACGAGUGGCUAUAACUUGGGCUCGCCUCAUGAAGAAGACCCACGACGACGCAGUGUGA